GAAGGGAGUCCAAAUUGUUCUAGGAGAUAGGUGAACUAGCGUUCUGUCCUCUACCAUGAACGAGACCGGACACUGACUGAGGUGAGGAGCUGUGUUAUAUAGGGAGUAGAGUGGCUGAUUAUGUGCAGGUGUGCUAUGGGUGACAGGUGCUGGGAAUCAAUAAUCAGGUGAGGGAGUGCAGAGUGACGGGGAAAGAACAAGACAGACUGUGACACUUUCUGCCUCUGACUGUCAUUGUUGUCUGUAUUUCCAACAUCAUAUCUCCAAACUGUUGUAUUUAAAGGAGCCGUGUGUAGGAUUUAGUCACAUCUAGCAGUGAAAUUACAGUUUGCAACCUUUAAAUACCGCUCGCCUCACCCUCCCCUUCCAAGCUUGUAGGAGAAACUACGGUGGCCACAAAACUUGCAAAAAACGUGAAUGUCCCUAUCUAGAGCCAGUGUUUGGUUUGUCUGUUCUGGGCUACUGUAGAAACAUGGUGAUGCAACAUGGCAGCCUCCAUGGAAGGGGACCUGCUUCCGCUGAUAUAAACGGUGUAUUCUAAGGACCGUACGUGAUAGAUGUUUCAAGAAGAGCCUGCCUUCAAGGACACUGAGGUGUUAUCGGUGCAGAUGUGUGAUGUGGUGAACGAGAUCGAGCUGGAGAAAGAGCGCUGUGAGAAUAGCACCUUUGGGAACGUCACUUCAGGUUGCCAAGGCAUGUGGGAUAUCAUCGCCUGUUGGCCUUCAGCCAGCAUCGGAGAGGUGGUUACAAUAACCUGCCCCACUUACUUCAGUUACUUCAGUGACCAGCACAAAGGUAACCUCUCCAAAACCUGCACAGCAGACGGCUGGACUGAGAUGCAUCCUUUUGACAUCGCCGUAAACUGUGGAUACAAUCUUAACAGCACUAGUGAUGAUGGCAAGUUUUUCUGGCAAGUGAAGAUUGGCUACACCAUUGGCCACAGUGUGUCCCUCAUAUCUCUUACCACAGCUAUUGUGAUCCUCUGCAUCUUCAGGAAGCUCCACUGCACAAGGAACUACAUCCACAUGCAUCUGUUUGUGUCAUUUAUCCUAAAAGCCAUCGCUGUGUUCAUCAAGGAUGUUGUCCUCUACGAGGUCGGGGAGGUGGACAACUGCUCCUCAGGCACUGUUGGCUGCAAAGUAGUGAUUGUGUUCUUCCAAUACUGUAUAAUGGCCAGUUUCUUCUGGCUGCUGGUGGAAGGCCUUUAUCUUCAUGCAUUGUUGGCUGUCUCUUUCUUCUCCGAGAGGAAGUACUUCUGGGCUUACAUCCUGAUCGGCUGGGGAGGUCCGACAGUUUUCAUCACAGCUUGGAGCAUCGCUAAAGCCUACUAUAACGAUGUGGGGUGCUGGGAUAUAAUCGAGAACACUGAUGUGUUCUGGUGGAUCAUUAAAACCCCUAUUUUGUGCUCAAUCCUGAUGAACUUUAUUCUAUUCAUCUGCAUCAUACGAAUACUUCGCCAGAAAAUCAACUGCCCUGAUAUUGGAAGAAAUGAGUCUAACCAGUACUCGAGACUGGCGAAAUCGACGCUGCUUUUGAUUCCUCUGUUUGGGAUCAAUUUUAUCGUGUUUGCAUUCAUCCCAGAGCAAGUGAAGACUGAACUACGGCUAGUUUUUGACUUGAUUCUUGGGUCAUUUCAGGGUCCAAAGUCAGGAUUUGGCAUCCUGUCAGCCCUACCCCUCACAGAAAACUAUGGGCUUUGUGGUCGCAGUCCUUUACUGCUUCCUCAACGGAGAGGUCCAAGGAGAGAUCAAGAGGAAGUGGCGGAGGUGGCACCUGCAGAGAUACAUGGGUUCAGACACCAAAUACCAACAUCCGUCUAUUGGCAGCAGCAACAACUUCAGCACCCAGAUCACCAUGUUAACACGAUGCAGCCCGAAAACACACCGGGGUUCAUCCUCCUGUCACGACGAUCUGUCCAGCAUAUGACUCACACAAACAGUGAGACAGACUUACAUGCUGUAAAAAACACUCUCAUGCCAAACAUUAGGCAGAAAAGACACAGCAUAUGUAAGCUCUACAAUAAAAAAAUAUACACUCCUUCAUUAGCACAUGCCCUCUUGGAGGAUGUGUAGCUUGAGUAUGACGUGGACAAAGGAAAAUGACAAGUGGACAAAACAAAAAAAUAUAAGAAAAUAGUGUGACCAUAAUCAGCUUCUAAGCAGCUUUUAACCGCCACGGUUCUUUAAAAUAAUAAUAAAUAAAAAUAAUUUCAAAAUAGGUGACAAAGAUACAAGUGCUUUGCUUCACAAGCACAGCUUCAGCACAUUUGAAUGAGAACCAUUCACUUUUUGUCUUUGUAUUUCAAGAUUCAGUGCAUAUGUAUGGGCGAAUUUGUCAUUUCAUUAUGGACCAUUGGUCAGUCGUUAUUAAGCUCACUUUGUGCUCAGAUGCUGGGCAAUGCAAAAUGUCACAUAUUAAUAAUCUGAUGUAAUUAUGCGCUGGUUAAAAAUCACUUAGUGGAUUCCUGCAGCUCCAAAUGAGCAAGGCUGGUGCAAAGACGUUAGAAGAAAAGGAGCUGAUGGUUUUUUUAACAGGAAAUCCCAUUAUUGGUAUUGUUACAGUGUGUGCAGCGACAUCACAGGCAAACAAAAGUACCAGAAAUACAUUAUGGGGGUGUGUUUGAGUGCUGAAUGUGAGUUGUGAUGGAAAAUAAAGCAUAUUUUAGGCAACAGAAAAGAAUGUAAAAGAAGACAGUAAAACAAUGAGCAACAUUUUGUUUACCUCACUAUGUAGGAAGACAGAACAGGAAAAACUGAAACUUUAUUUCCAUUAAUGCCAAAUGGAUGAGGCUUCAGACCGGGUGACCAGUGUGAUGCUGAUUCACAAUGAUGGCUUUGGAGUACAAAUGCCCUUCUCUGCACUAUCACUCUCAUGAGAGACUGAUUGCCCUUUGCCUUCCCUUUUAUCAGUACAGCCUUCCCUCUUGUUUUGUUUGAUUCUGAGCCUGUGAUAGGGUUGAUGUUUUUUACUAUUUGAGGCACUCUGGCAGUUUUGUCCUAGUUACUGACGAGUGCCUGGUUUCAGUGUUUUGAAGUGACACUUUCAAUCAGAUCUUUGCUGGCUGUCGAGCUGCACAGCAACUCUGGAGAGGAAAUGCCUUUAAGCAAUUCAGUCCUUGAAUGUUUGGAAGGAGUCAUUUAACAUUGUACAGACAAGUAUACAGUGUAAAGAAAAUUAAUUGCUAUGGAUUGUUGUGCCAUAGCAAUUGUAUUGUGGCUAUGAUAUCAGUAAUGUAUCACUGUAAUUGUUGUUUGUUACGCUAUUGCAACUUGUGGGAUUUAAAGCCCCGCCAGGAACAUACAAUUCUCUUGUACGAGCUUGUUUAUGUAACAGUCUGUGGCGCAAUGUUAAGCAUAACAGCUAAAUAAAAGGCACUGCAUUACACAGUCCUCAGACAUGUCCAGAGAAGCUUUCUGAGAUAGAUAGAUAGAUAGAUAGAUAGAUAGAUAGAUAGAUAGAUAGAUAAGAAAACUUUGUCUGUCACAAAGUAAGAGAAAUUUUCCUUUGACAAGGCUCAACAAAACAAAAAAAUUCACAUUUAAAACAUUUAAAAACACAUUUGGUGUGUCUUUGGUAGACUGACUGAAGGUUGAACUCCUAAAUCCUCCAUUGUGAAAAAUAUGUCCUGAAUUCUCCAUCGACUUGUCAGGUUUAAACUUCUCCACUGGAGGAGUUUGGACCUGACAAGUCAGUAGAGACUAUUCGAGCCGGUAUGUAAAGCAAAGCAAGGUGACAAGGAUGACUGGCCCUGUCACAACAAUGCUAUCAUUGUGCUUUUCAGCUUACAAGGUUAGACUUGAAAGUCACUUGCAUGUCCGUGUAACAUCAAGAAGGUCCAGCUUUACCUGGAAAAAAAACAUCAUCUCACCCCACCACUGAUUUAUAGGGUCAGACCACCAUAGAGCACCAUGUGAAAUUAAAGAACAACACACUAAUGAUGAUGAACAGCAAAGGCCUUCAUAUGGAAUGUUUUGUUGGUGACAAAAGCUUAAAAUAGUACUACAUUUGGGAAAUACACUUUCUGGUGGAGUGUUAGAUGAGAAGAUUGAUACCUCUCGCGUAUCUGUCUGUUCCUGCAGCCAGUUAGCUUAGCUUUGCAUAAAGACUGGAAGCAGGGGGAAAACAGCUAGCACAGCUCUGUUCCAAAGUAGCAAAAUAGCAAAAGCUCAUUAAUUAACACGUUAUAUUUAAUUCUUAUGAAUUAAAUAUAACUAUCUACUCCCGGGCAAAAAAUUGUCCAGCACAUAACAAACUAAAACUUCUCAUUUUUACACUUCUACUUAGUGCAGGUUUUUGUACAGAUUUAUCAAAUAAAAUGUGUUAUGAGUUAAUUAUUAAUUAAUUAAUUAAUUAUUUUAAGAGGUGCUGGUAAACAGAUCCUCCCCCUCGCUUUGGACAGCUGUUUCCCCCCCUGUUGCCAGUCUUUGUGCUAAGUUAAGCUAGCCAGCCACUGUAGCUUCAUAUUUAACAAACAGAUAUGAGAGUGGUAUCAAUCUUCUCAUCUAACUCUUGGCAAGAAGAUGAACCCAAAAUGUCAAACUAUUCCCUUAAAGACACAUUGUUUGGUGUGUCCUGUCUUCUGUUUAAUGUAAUUGUGUGAAUUUGCCAAUGUACCUCUCAUAACGGUGAAUGUAAAUUGAUUUGUACAUAAUGAAGAAACAAAGUAUACAGAGUUUUCAAAUCCAGUCACAGGUGUUGCUAGAUAUGAUCUUUUAGUGUUUUGGUAACCUGACAUGGUUGUUUCGUAUCAGUUAGAUAAUAUUAAGAAGUGAUAUUGAAUCAAUACAGAUUCUAAUGUGCACUUACAGUAGGUAUUCAGUAUUAAAGUAUGUGUAUUAUUGAUUUGUUUAUUUGCAAACUGGAUAUUGUGUUGUGUAUAUUUAAGAUUUGAGAGUUAAUUUUUUUGGGUUGUUGUUUGUACAAUGCAUACCAUUGUGGAGCUACAAAAUGCACUAUAUGUUUUUAGUAGUUUAUGUUCACAUUUGUGUACACAUAAGGCCACUUCUUAGUUUUCAGAUAAUUGUUUUUUGUAUAUUAUUAUAAUAAAUUGUGUUGUAUAGUGUAUGUACAGAGUGUUGUCUUGGCAGGAAAUUUGCCCUAAAAUUUUGACAUUGUUCCACUCAAACUAAAAUAAAUUAUUUAGAAAUAUA